UUUUAGUCCUGAAAAUGACUAAACCGAUAACUUUUGUAACUGGAAAUUCCAAAAAACUCGAAGAAGUAGUAGCAAUCUUGGGAAAUACAUUCCCGAGACAAAUAGUUGCUCAAAAGGCCGAUCUUCCCGAGUUACAAGGGGAAAUAGAGGAAAUAUGUACAAAAAAGUGUCAAGAGGCCUUCAGGCAAAUCAAAGGACCAGUUUUAGUGGAGGAUACAUGUUUAUGUUUCAAUGCCUUAAAAGGUUUGCCUGGCCCUUACAUAAAGUGGUUUCUCGACAAACUGGGGCCAGAGGGGCUGUACAGAAUGCUGGGCAAUUUUGAAAAUAAGGGUGCCGAGGCUGUUUGUACAUUUGCUUAUCAUCCUGGAAAUCCUGACGACCAAGUGCUGCUAUUUCAGGGAAAAACUGAAGGUGAAAUUGUACAACCCAGAGGACCCCGAGACUUUGGUUGGGACCCAUGCUUUCAACCCUUAGGGUAUAAAGAAACAUUUGCAGAAAUGCCCAAAUCAGAAAAAAAUAAAAUUUCGCAUCGUUAUAGAGCUUUAGAUAAAGUUAGAGAUCAUUUUCUUAAAGAGAAAUGAUUUCUAAGGAGGGUUUUAUUAACUGUAAAGAAAAUUAUAUAUAAUGAGUAUAGUUUUAUUUAUUAACUACAUUAUAAGCUUAAAAUGAAAUGUAGAUGUUUAUCA